GCUGCCUUCUCGAUUCCUAGGUUACAUACUGUACAGACAACAUGUCCAUCACGCAUCUCACGUCGGUCUCUCAGCUCGAUGGUAUACUCUCCAAGUCGUCUGGAAAGCUCAGCGUCAUCGACUUCCACGCUACGUGGUGUGGUCCUUGCCACAUGAUUGCUCCCGUCUUUGAAGCACUCGCGAAGCAAUAUCCCAACGUGAAUUUCCUCAAAUGCGACGUCGACGCCGCGCGAGACGUAGCGAGCCUGUACCGGAUAUCCGCGAUGCCUACGUUCGUGUUUCUCAAGGGCAGCAUCAAAGUGGACGAAAUUCAAGGCGCUAAUCGGAGUGCCCUUCAAGCUGCCGUCGCGAAGCAUUCUACCGGCUCUCCGAGCAGUAGCUCCGCGUUCUCCGGGAAAGGCCAGACCCUCGGCAGUUCCUCAUCUACCCCAAGCUAUGUGCCGGUGCCUCGCGACCUUGUCAACGGUGCUUCGAGCAUCGAUCCGCAAGUUAAGAUCCUGCUUGCUUUGCUUGGCGCGUACUUUGUUUUCUGGUACAUGAGCUGAUUUCGUUGUUUCUUUCGGUGGCUGGUGUAAACUUGUAUAUUUCUAUGCGCAACACAUUCAUCACUCGCUCGUGAUUCGAAAGUUCACCGGCUCGAUGGUACGCAUUUCAUUAUGAACGGUAUUGUUCUUUAAGGCAGGAUCAUGGCAUGUGACAGUACACGCGAACACGGCGGUGAUGGGUCAACUGUUGGCAAUCAACGCGUCAGCACUAUUCUCGGACGCAAGAAGGGGUAAAAUUCGUACAUUCAGGUGUUCACGUUUUCGCAGUACUCGGCCUAUGAGCCCUGUGCUUUAACCUCAAGGACCCUGUCAAGCUCAACUUUCGCUUCACCCCAGCCUUCCCCCUGUAAUGAUACGUCGGCGGACCGAGCCCCGCGUUGGCGAUCCCCAGGCCGCCCCCGAUCAUCCCCAGCUCAUCCACCUCCAAGCAGGGCAUGGACAACAUGUCUGUCAGCUCGGCUUUCGGUCGGAUGUUCCUCUGCAGCUCGGGAAUAAGCUUGGUUGGUGAGCCAAGAGGUGUUUCCUCCGGGAUAUCCGUCGGUCUCGACGCGCCCUUGCGUAGACUAUCUGCGCUGCUCCUCAACAGUGCGUUCGAUGCAAUCUGUCGAUUAUCUCCUCCAAGGGACGUGGAUCGCUUCCGGGCAGGCUUUGGACGUGGGACACGGACGGGCACUCCGUUCAUCGUCGCGGAGGCCGCAACCUUGACAUCCCAGUAGCUGAUGCUCUGUCCGACCCAACUGCUAGGUGUCGCAGGAGCACUAUCCGAGCCAGGCGAUAGGGACUCCUCGCGUGGCCUCUUUGGGGGUUCCAUCUUCUCAGCCAUCAGCUUCGGCACAACGCCCUUCUUCAAGACGCGCAUCAGCCCGAUCUUCUUCCCGUGAUUGGCGUGAACGAGACCGGGAGAGCACGAGAAGCUCAAGGGGGUGAAAGUCUUCUCGCCCGCGACGAUCUUACCGUUCAUUCGUCGGUCGUCGACAACGUAUGUGAACCGCCACUCGAGCGUCGCCCCCGGCGAAGCUUGCCCCGAAUCAUGCGCGGACUCCGUCCCGUUCACGGCAUACGCCCCAUUCGACUUGAUGCUUAGGUUCGCCUGGCGAGAUAUGUAGUCCCUCGAUUCAUCCCCGUUGAGGGUGACGCGCCGCAACACGGGCGGCGCAUCCAGAUACGAAUGAUGGAAAUUGUAGGUCAGCCGCUUCAUUGGCAUGAAGUCGACGAUACCGGAGCCUGUGGUCGCUAGUCCGUGAAGAGAGCCUUGUGGAGAGAAGCCCUUCAUCCGGAAAGUCGGCUUUAUCGCGCGGAAGCCUUCUUGAUCAAUAUACAGUUCAACGAUAGUAUGGCUGAGCCACGACAGAUGGGCGGACAGCGUCGAGGUUUCGGUGUCGAGGGACAGCACGGAAACAGCCGCUGGAGGAGG